AUGUCCACUAAUAUUAUUAAUGAACUUGCUGCUCUCACCAUUCGGGAGGACACAAUGGUCCUGGACAUUGGUAUUGACAAAUUCAAUGAAGAAUGCAGCACAUAUGCGAUCACUUUCACACCCACAAUGCCAGGCCCUGUUAACAUCGUGUUUCGUUUCCAGAAGGCACCAAUGAAAGCAGCCCACGCAUUCCCUGAUGAUAGCAAUAGCAAGGAAGACUCAGAAAUGUCAAAGUUAUCCAAAAAGCACGCUGCUGGUAAUUCUACAAAAUCCAUCAAACGCAAGGAAGGCAAUACCACGCACAGUCACCCGGUUGGCAGUGUAACCGCAAAACCUGUCAAAAACAAUCUCGCCAUCUACGAUAAGCUGUUGAGUAACUAUAAGUAA